AUGAUUGCAAAGAAUAAGGGGAUUUGCUUCUGGCCCCGACUAGCUAAACAAGCUUUCCCCCGGUGUCAAUUUCAUGUUAGUACACAUCUUUAUGCCAGAGACUUUGCAUUUGUUUUUGAUAUUGAUGGUGUAUUGAUCAGAGGAAAGAAACCAAUUUCUCAAGCGAAAGCAGCUUUGGAGCUUUUGAAUAGGAAGAAGGUGCCAUUUAUAUUAAUGACAAAUGGUGGAGGAGUGCUGGAAGCAGAGAAAGCAGCAGAGGUGGUAGAAAUCACAAAAUGUAGCUCUCAAAUCUCUCCUUUGCAAGUAGUCCAAAGCCAUACACCAAUGAAAGCAUUAGUGGGAAACAAAAACUUUCAGAGAGUGUUGGUUGUUGGAGGAGAUGGCGAUAAUGCUAGGAAAGUUGCAUAUGACUACGCAUUCAAAGAUGUGGUUAUGCCCAUUGAUAUUGUGAAUGCUAACAAAUCGGUAGCUCCUCAUUCAAUGUACACAGCUCAAGAUUUUCAGAAAUAUGCCAAAAAAGUCGAUUUGACUAAACCAAUUGAUGCCAUUUUAGUGUUUAAUGAUCCAAGAGAUAUGUCAUCGGAUACUCAGGUUAUUCAAGAUCUAUUGAAUUCUGAAAACGGAAUAUGUGGUACUAAAAGAAACUUGAAAACAAUAAAGGAUCCAACAAAGCCGUCAAUUCCAAUAUUGUUCAGUAAUAAUGACUAUAUCUAUGCUAAUGACUAUCCAUUACCUAGAUUUGGUCAAGGCGCAUUCAGACUUGCAACGGAGGCACUAUAUAGUACUACAAAUAAAUUAUCGUCAACACAAAGGUUACAGUCUGUCAUCUUGGGUAAACCUUUUAAAGUACAAUACGAUUUCGCUCACCACGUUUUAAUUGAUUGGAGAGAAAAAUUAGAGACAGAGGAUUUUGGAGCUGAUCAGAUAUUACCGAUGUUGGGAGAAGCACCAAAAACCACCCCUUUCAAAAAGAUAUAUAUGGUUGGCGAUAACCCUGCCUCUGAUAUCAAAGGAGCAAAUGAUCAUGGAUGGGAAUCGAUAUUGGUAAGAACUGGUGUAUUUAAAGAUGAGGAUUGGGCUAAUGAUAUUAUUGCAAAGCCAACGGCUGGUGUUUUCGAUAAUGUCGAGGAUGCAGUAAAUGCAGUUUUAAGGUCCAAUGGUGUUGAAAUAGACUAA